AUGUUUGCAAUGUUGAGUGACGAGCGAGCGAGUUGGAAGAUCACUUCCAGGCUGGAAAAGGAGCCGCUGUUGAUAGCAGUCAACUGCCUCGCUGGUCUUGCGAUUUUCUUCUUUGGAUAUGACCAAGGUAUGAUGGGCGGAGUCAACGACUCUCAGGCGUAUGUGCACCGAAUGGGACUGGGAUACGAGAAGAACAGAUCAAUCACUGUAACCAACACUUUGUUGCAGGGAGGCAUCGUCUCGGUUUACUAUCUGGGGACUUUGGUAGGAUGCUUCCUUGGUGGAUAUGUCAGUGAUCAAUCCGGACGCAUCAAGUCGCUCGGGUUCGGUGCCGUCUGGGGGAUAAUCGGGGCGGCACUCCAGUGCACAGCAAUGAACCCGACGUGGAUGAUCGUGUCUCGACUGAUCAACGGUAUCGGAACCGGAGUGUUGAAUGCUACCGUUCCCGUCUAUGGCUCCGAACUGGCCGACUACGAGAGUCGGGCCAUGUUCAUCGCCAUGGAGUUCACGUUGAACAUCGUCGGCGUGGUGGUGGCUUACUGGCUGGGAUUUGGCCUUCGCUGCAUCGACCAUGGCACCUCUGAGUUCCAGUGGCGAUUCCCUAUUGCGUUCCAGAUUGUUAUGCUGCUUCUUCUCGUGAUUGCAUGCUGGGCCUUUCCCGAGUCCCCGCGUUGGCUCUGCAUGAUGGGCCGCCGGGAGGAAGCGCUUUACGUCCUCAAGCGCCUCCGCGGGUCUGAGAACGAAGCUGCUGCCAUUCUAGAGAUGAGAGAGAUUGAGGCAAUCGUUGAGCUUGAGACAGAAUCAGGGGGAAACAUCACUUAUUUCCAUAUGUUGCUUGGUAUUGGAAAGGAAGAUUUGCACAUUGCUCGGCGUGUGCAGCUGGUGAUCUGGCUCCAGAAUCUACAAAGCUGGACUGGGAUCGCCGGCAUCACCAUGUAUGCACCAACAAUAUUCAAAAUUGCCGGAUUUGAUACGCAGAAGACAAUGUGGAUUUCAGGACUGAACAACAUUUUCUACGUUUUCGCAACCCUCCUUUGUGUCUUUACCCUCGACCGCAUUGGCCGCCGUUGGACUCUCUGGUGGGGAGCGGCAGGACAAGCAAUUGCCAUGUUUGCCGCAGGAGGCCUCGCUCGUGGUGGAUUGGACCAUCCCGACAACCAAGGGCCAUGGGGUAUUGGUGCAACUUCUAUGGUUUAUCUGUACACCUUUGUCUUUGGUGCUACUUGGCUCACAGUCCCAUGGCUGUACCCGGCGGAGAUCUUCCCGCUUAAGGUGCGAGCCAAAGAAAUGCAUGGGGAGUUAUCACUGACUCUGGCUCUGCCCUACAUUUUCGGCUCUAUCGGGGAGAAUACCCUACACGUAUUCGGUGCAGUCAAUCUCAUCAGUAUCCCGAUCGUCUGGGCCCUCUAUCCUGAAUCUAGCCGACGUACCCUCGAGGAAAUGGAUUUACUCUUUGCGGCUGACUCUCCCUGGGCUUGGACAGCCGAGUCAAACUUUAGGGCACUCAUGGUAGAGAACCUGGAUCUCGGUGCCACACGUCAGCGUGGCAGCACUGUCGAGACCGAGAAGGCGUGGAAUGCUGAGACUGAGCAUGAAGAAACGGUUUCGAGCUAUUAG